UCGUUAUCAAGCUUUGAUAGCCAAUUAAACUCUUAUCUGAGUCUCACUCGUACGCGCCAUCCAUCACAGGUGCAACCCCACUUUACGGGCCAAAUGACUCAGUUUUACUGCAACAACUAUUUGAGCUCUGUGAGGCCAUCAAAUGUUGGAUGAGAAAGUGUAAAAAUGCGAAUAAAUUAGUUCAUUUGUUUAAGUGUUUCUAAAUCGAACAUAUCAAACGUGAUUGCAACGGUUGUCUCAAAAUGGCCAAAACAAAGUGGAAUUUGCUGUUCGCUACAUUCAUUUUAUCUUGCGGUUCAUUGGCCGUUCUCAUCGUUUCUCUGUGUACUCCUUACUGGAUUUCAUCCGAAGCCUACGAAAGUAGUGCAUUCAAAAAUAGUGAAAUCAACUAUGGAUUGUUUGUUGGAUCCCUGACGCAGAAUUUUCUCCCCAAUCCACGAUACUACGACUUAACAAUGACUUGUCUUUACCGAGAGUAUGUCUGCGCUUUAAGUUGUCAAGAUACUGAAGAAAGCCGAACAGAAGAGGUUUUACUGCUUUUGAAAGGUUUACGCCCGUCAGAUUGUCCUAUACGAACUUCCAAAUCGGCAACCGCGAGCAUGUCCGACAAAAAAACGCAAUUAAUGAACCGACAAGACCUGUCUGUUAACGAACGCAGCAACUUUAUCAACUCUGGCCUAUGGGUUUCGACAGUUGUUUUCCUUGGAAUUGCAAUCGCGUUCGCCAGUGCAUCGGCCGCCUUUUCUAUUAUUAAUGUACUUUUCAAUCCCGUUGAACCAAUUUUUAGUGUUUUUGGACUAUUCAUUUGGAAUGGAAUAGUGAUUGCCUCUACUGCGCUGACUAUGAUUAUGUGGGGCGCACUUUUCGGCAGUACGCUUAUCGAUAACAUAGCCGUAACGGAUACAUUGACAGUUCAAAUACCCUACAGUUCAACGGGGCUAGCUUCCCUUGGAGCUUGCUAUUGGGUUCUAUUUUUGCCAAUAUUGCUGCACUGCUCCAAUAUCGGUCUGCUCAUUUGGCGUAGACAUAUAAUCAACAGAGAACCUCCUCCAACUACGAUAGAUGUGGAUCGGUCUGAUUUAACUAUCAUAAUGUAUUAAGCUGGUCAAUAUGGAAAAAGAAUAAAUAUAGAAAAGCACCUUUGAG